AUGGUACCAGUCUACCGGAUUUUCAUCGUUGUCGCAGUCAGUCUGCUUGUGUUCACUGUGACUGCGCCUUCUCAAGAAUCUGUCAGGGAAAAGGCGUCUGGAGAAAAACCUACCACCAAGGAGCCUGAGGAACAAACUACUGCCUUGCACUCUGAGGACCCCUCUGAUAAACCUCAGGCAGCUGUACGGCCAGUAGAGCUGACAAGCAACAAAUCGGAAACUGUGGGAGUAUCAGAAGUAUCCAAAGAGGAUCAAGGUGGGAAAUGGGUCUUUAUUACUAACGAGGAACUUAUGACUAUUUUGCAAAACAUGACCAGAAUGGACGAAAACUCCCCAGCUGCCGUUAAGUUUGAGGGAACAUCUGGCACUGAGGAAACGCCAACCGAGUCAAACAAGAAGGCGGAUGAAGAGCAGACCUCUGUGAAAACCACAAAAGCAACCGUGCAACCAGAAUAA